AUGAUUGUUACACGUUUCCGAGAUCAUGGUUGUAAUGCAUAUAUACAGCCGAUCUCAUCUUAAAAUCAUCAUUCAAAAUUUACUGUUGACAUAAAGAAAACUGGAAUUAAAAUUGCGCAAACUACUUCAAAAGAUAUCGGUCAUGGAAGGGAUUAACUUCUCUGUGUCAAAAAUUGUCCAUAAAAUCACCAUCCCUGUACGUAAAGGAAAAAAAUCAAAGUCGAUUUCAAAUCUGUUAAAACUGCCAGAAGAUGGGAGUGGUGCAUUACAAUGUCGAUCAAAAUCAGCGUCCACUCCCAAUGUAGGAAAAAUAGAGAAGAAAUUACCUAAAAUUGAUGGUCCUGACCCAAAUUGUCAAAGCUCUGAUCCAUGCACUAUUCGGAUUGAAAAGGCAAUUUCGAGUGACACUACUUUCAACAAAAAUCCUAUACAUGAAAAUGAUCACUGGAUAAUCAGAGGAAAAAGUACACAAAAUGGAAAGAAAAAAGUUCCUCCUAAAAGACCACCUCCUCCAAAGUUUAAUGAAAGUCACUACCAAGUAUACGCCAAUAUAUUCAGAUCUCGUAGUGAGUCCGAAGUCACAGGUUCCGUUUAUGCUAAUUAUCAGGAUGACAGUGAAAGGUUCCAAGACUUGUUUCUAUAUGAAAAUGACAUAAGAAAUGUAAAUACUAGUGGAAGUGAUAAGGACUUGGGCUUACAUGUAUAUGAAAAUGAUCCUUCUAAAACAGUGGUCGGCCAAUCUGAGGAAGACUGGUAUAUUUCCAUGGUUAAUGACAUAAAAGUUGAUGACAGUGAUUAUGUAGUAAUGUCUCCGGAUCGAAGCCUCUCAUUAUAAAAGAAUAUAGAAAAUUGAAAAAAUCAUUUUUUUUUUUUUACAUUGUGAGUGGAGAUAUGUUUUUAAACGUGAGUUUCUACUGUGAAUUUUCUUUUACUUGGUGUUGUUCUAAUGUACAGGAUGUUUAAGUACUUUCAUCCUUGUCGAUCUUAAACAAAGAUACAUUUAUGCACUUGUGGUUUUUGUGAACAGUGAGUCACUUGCCAAUAAAAAAACUUGAUUAAAAAAACGGAA